AUGCAAGAAUUGCAACAAAAGUCUAAUGAAUUAUUACAGGAGGAAAUUCGGAGAGCAAUCCGGGAAAAAUUAAGUCGUUUUACCUUUCCUUGUCCUCAUUGUCGAGAGGAUAUUAAUGAUGAACAUUUUAUUAAAGAAUUAGAACAACAAAAAAUUUAUGAGAACUUUCAGGCGGUUAAAGAAUUAAAAGAGACUAUUAAGCACCACGAACAAAAAAUAGUUUAUCUUCAAGCUCCUGAACACAUAGAAAAUUCGAUUCGGGUGAAAAAAUUAGAGGAGGAAAAAAAGGAACUAAAUAGUAAAUACCAGAGCAAAAUAGAUAAUUUACAGACGCAAAAUCAAGACUUGCAAAAGCAAAUUCUUGCUAAACAAGAACAAAUUCAAAAUUUAGUAUUAAGACAGAAAGGGCAAGGGAAGGGGCAAGAUUUUGAGAAGUGGUUUUACGAGGAAUUGGUUAAAGUGUUUGAUGGUCAGGAUAGAAUUACCGAUGUAAGCAAAGAUAACAGUUGGGUGGAAAAAUUGGAACGAGAUAUGGUAUUUCAUCAUGCGGAUUAUGGAUUUAUUGUGGCCGCUUGUGAAGGAGACAAAAUUAUUCGUUCCGCCAAAACUACUGAUCCCCGCAAAAAGAUUUACAUUAGUGGCGAUAACAUCAAUUUAUUCUUAGCCAUCAAGACAAUUCGCGAAUUAUUAAUUACUAGACAUAACCUUACCAAAGCCGAUGAUUCGAACAAUAAAGAACAAAAGUUAAAAAAAAUUGAGGAGUGA